UUUAUCAAUCAUCGACCAGCCAGCUUUAUCGAGUUAGCGAAGAUCACUACGCGUCCGCAGCUACUUCUCAUAGUCAAAUAGAGAUUUAAGUUGGAUGAAUAGUGAAGCACUUUAUUGAUAUGAACGGAAAUCUUAACAUGAUGAAUAUGGGGAUGAAUAUGGGGAUGAACAACCAAGGAAUGGUGAUGAAUAAUGGAAUGGUUCUUAAUCCACAGCAACAACAGCAGCAACAACAGAUCAACCAGCAAGAACAGUCGCAACAGCAACUUCAGCAACUUCAACAUCAACAACAACAUCAACCCCAGUUGCAACAACAGGGACCUCUUCAACAACAACAGGGCCCUCAACAACAAACCUCAGUUCCUGCAAAUGUCCAGCAGCAAUUGUACAAUCAGAAUCCUGCUGCAUUUGCAGCAGCAGCAGCAGCGGCGGCGGCCCAACAACAGCAACAAAGAAUGUCGAUGAGUGGCCCCUCUGGGGUUAGCCCACUUCCAAUGAACGGAAUGCCACUUAGUCAUCAGCAGUUAAUGAACCAACAUCAACUCCAACAGGCGCAGCAAGCACAGCUCCAAUCACAGCAGGGAAGACCAGGAAUGCAGAGAGCAUCAACAUUCCAGCAGAUUGGAACAGGACCUGCCAAAGGCGGAAAUCAAUUUAAUCCUGGCUUAGCAACGCCAAGCUCUGCACCACUUCCCAAUUCUACAAAUUCUGCUGGAGACUCACAAGGCCAUACUCCACAAAUGGGACAUCAGGCUCAACCAAGAUCGCAACCUCAAUCCCUGAACCCUUCACAAGCGCUUCAGCCUCAGGGACAGAACCAAAAUGGGCAGUUCAAUCAUCUCCAAGUACCUCAGCAAAUGGGUUCCAAUACAGCACAGAAAUUACCCGGAAGUUUACCUAAUAAUGGAACACCUGUGAUAGCUCAUCAACAAACACCUCAGAGCCAACCUAUGCCAGGUUCACAGGGCCCCAUACCCGGCAGUAGCCAACCUACUCCUAAUAGUGCCUUAUCAGAUCAAAACAAAAAAGGCGUCUCUGUGCAACUGCCAGGCCAGAAACAUGUAAUGGGAAACACUAGAAAUAUUAAAGGCCAGAGUGACCAACAGGGGCAACCACCACCAGCUCAGCAACAACAGCAACAACAGCAACAACAGCAGCAACAGCAACAGCAGCUUCAAAAUGAACUUAACACUCGAAUCUUGAAAAGGAAUUUGGGGAAUUCGGGUGUAAUGAGAGUGUUGGAUCUUAUAGAACAAUUAUCCAAUGAGUCUACUGAAAAUUUAUCUACCAUCGAGUAUUGGAACAGGCUUAUUGCGACAUACUUCUUACCUGCCUCGAGGAUCAGAUUCACAACUGCUCCUGUUCAGCAGUCUAAUUCACCUACAGAUAAGGAUCCUAAUCAAGAAAUAAAAAAUCCUUACGGAUUGAAUUAUAACACGAUCAAGGGAGCAGCUAGACAGUUCGAGUUGAACACCUGGACAGCUCCAAGAUUCUUUGUUGCCAGCAUUGUUCAAGGAAACGUGAUCAAAUUUACUGUUACGUUGCCAGGACUAAAAUAUCAAGUAAUGAAUAAUGGUUCUAUUUUCAUCAUUUCAAGAUUAUCUUUCCAAUUCUUUUAUCAUGAUGGAUCUAUCGCAACUAUUCAAGGUAAUCUAAAAAUCUUGAUGAACAGAGAACUCAAGAUUGAUUGGAUUGAUUGUCAUUGUUUGAAUUAUCAGGGUUCAGUCAACUAUAACGGGUUGGAGAGAAAAUGGAAUGAAUAUGUUUCAGAACACAAGAAUAACAACGGAAAUGAAUUUUUGAAAUAUGUCCACAACACUUCUGAAUCAAUCAAGAAUUCUUAUGAUUCUGGAAUUCACGAGAAUGCAAUGAGAAUUUUGAAAGUGGGGGAUAUAAUGUCUAGUUUGAGAUCGUUAAUGGGAUUUUCGAUUUUGAACAAUGUGAAUUCUCCUUUGAAAGCUAUUGAAUUGUUCAUGGCAGCAAAUAAUCAACAGUUUGCAGCAGCAGGUGCUGGCCAUCAAUCUCAACAAUUUCCAAACCCCUCUAUGAACGGGCAAAAAUUGAAUCAGCAGGUGCCUUCUUCACCGGAUAACAACUUAUUAGAUGACUCAAAAAACUCAAUGAAGAAGCGCAGAAUGAGCAAUUCAGUUGGUGCAGGAAGUCCAUUGGCCUCGGAUCAAAGCAUGAAGAGAAGAAAGUGAGAGGCUCAAGCUUAGAGAAGGAAAACAUUCGAUAUGAUUGAUUUCUCGAGAGCAUUGAGUUAAAAUGAGGCAAUUCAUUUCUUGGUAAUGUAGUACUUUAAUACUUUUAAUAGAAUAGUUUCAAUCAAG